AUGCCUGACCCGGAUCGAAGGCGAUUGCAACUGACGAUCCCACUAGCCACGCCCACUCUAUCGCGUCCAAUUUUGGACGAGUUCACGCUGUUCCUCAAAGAAGAACAUGAAAAAGAGAAUUUUGGAGGCGCUGUGGCUGUGCAGUUUCUGCCGUUUGCUAGGCAAAGAGUUAUUCCUCAAGCAUUCUCCAAUUUGCUAACAAGGUUACAUCUGCGAAACCAUCUCCCAAAAGAUUUCAAAACGAUUGGAAGGAUGAUGGAUUUCGAGUUCUAUAGGAAUAAUCCACCACCGCCGUUUUUGUGCGUGGACGUGUGCCAAAUAUCGCCUUCUCAAUCAGCUUCAACCCUUUCUGUUGCUUCAGCAGGUGCGAAUUCGGCUAGCCCACCUUCUGAAGUGGCUGAAGCCGCCAGCUCAGCCGCCACUGAACCCGUUCGAGAGUCGUCCAUCGACAAUCUUCCCGAUAGGGCCUUGAUCCAUUGUGCACCAGAUGAAGCCACGAUUGAGCGAGCUUCUGCAAAUCUGUCAAAAUGUCAGGAGGAAUUGCGUGAAAUGAAAAUGGAGGCAAUCAAAGCGCGCCUGUUAAGAAAUGAAGAAAGACGAUUAGCUCGCCUAGAAGCAGAGAGAGCUCACUUAGAUGGAGUGGGAAGAACUUUAGCCACCCUUCGAGGAAUAGAAAAUCCUGAAGACUACAAAAAAGAAAGAAUUGUUUUGGAUUCGAGAGGUGUACCGAUCUCACAGCCACGUCGUCGGGUCAGAAGCACUUAUGGUGGAGGAGCUGUCGUCAUCCCUACUAACGUGCAGUCGACUCUUGACUUAGAUCUGCCUCCACUGCCUCCGAGACCCACAGAUCCUGCGGAAAUCAGAAAACUUGUCCGAAGCAAAAUGAUUCGCUGCAAAGUUUGUGGGAAUCGAUUUGGACAAAGAAAUCUUCUGGAACGGCACUUGCGGGACAAACAUCAUGUGGAGUACCUUGAAUAUCUGUAUCAAGAAGAGUUAGAAGUACAACGGCAGAGGGAAGAGGAGUUAGAGCGAAAUAGAAUUGAUGAAUUGACUUCGGGUGGUUUUAUACCUCCUCAGUCGGCCAUAGAAUCGAAAAGCUAUGAAGUCGAUGUACAAGAAAUUCCUCUUCCUGGGGAGUUGUCCAAUGGCAUAGUUGCAAGGUUUGAUGCUAAUGGCUAUCUCCGACAGCCAAAAAGAACUUUUCGCAAAAAGGUCUCACCGCAAUGCCCUUUUUGCGACAAACGUUUCAGAAAUGAGGUUUCUCUGAAGAAACAUUUUGUAAAGAAACAUCCCGAGUGUGUCGAAUUUGUGCAAUGCCUUGAUUGUUUCAAGUGCCUUCCCGACAAAACUCAGCUUGCUGAUCAUGAAUGUGAUAUGACGUGGUUGUGCUAUGAAUGUUCGCCAAUACAAAAUAUGUGCACAGAGCAGAGGUUUACAAAUCAUCGAGCCAAGUUCCAUCGUGGAGCAAACUCAGGCUUUCGAUGCAACGAGUGCAAUCAGAAAUUCCUCACUCCCAGAAAACUCAGGAAGCACCGAAAGAUGUCACAUGUAUUUGUGAAGACAUAUGCCUGUCACUUCUGCGAGGAACUCUUCACUAGUGAAGUUUCGGUCAUGACUCAUGAACGAAUUCAUACCGGUAUUAUCAAGUUCGAAUGUAAAAUCUGCGACUUCCGUUGCAAUAGAUAUAUUCAAAUGGAAAAUCACAAAAAGGAAGAUCAUGGCUACUUAUGCUCGAUCUGUCAAGAAAGUUUUGGAGAAUGGGCGGAAAUCAAGAAUCAUACUUUAUCGAAACAUGGAGGUUACCUCACAAGCGAUACGUAUACGGGCUACAUUGAAUCUCCGCGAGUUUGGGCAUUGUUCAAAGGAGACUGAAUUGGUGUCAUCGUCGUAUGUGCAGAAUUUGCCAUUUUCAUUGGCUACCUCCGUCAUAAGUCAUUGUAGUGUUGUCUAAAUUAGUUUUAGUUUACCUUUCCUUUUGGUCGUAUCUCAUAAGCAUAGUCUUUUUUGUUGUUAUAGUUAGUUGAUAUUACGUGUGAUAUAGCCGAUGAUUGUAUUGAAUAGCGUAUAUGUACCAGUCUAACGGUUACGUUAUCACUUGCUUUAUCCAAUUUGUUUACAUUUGCAUCUAUUUGUUUUCAAUGAAGUUUACA